UGGCACGCACAGCGCGCUCAUUCCGCUAGCGAGCAGCGCGCCGAUAGUACGCCAUCACGCUAUGCGCGUACCUGUUCAGUUCGCACGCCGCGCGCGACACCACUCCCGCGCUCGUCAUGUUACCACACUCUGUUGUUUUGUGCCAUCAGUUAGUUCGUGAACAAGUGCAGUUCCAUCUGUUCCCGAAGCGCUGACCGUGCGCUCGGAUCGCUCGCGAGAAUAUCGCGGAUUUUGCGUGCCCGUCGACGUUGGAAGCGUUAAAAUUUCGGGUGGGUCGAGGAGAAUUAUGCGUGGGGCGUGCGCGUGCGCAGUGGUGUGCGCGUUGGUGGCGCUGUGCGCGGCCUCGAGGCUCGACGAAGAGACGCGCGCUGCCGCCGAGCGGCAACUGCUUGCGCUGCUCGGUUUGCAGCGGCGACCUCUUCGUAGUACCACUACGAUGCCGCCAGUGCCCCGCGCCAUGCGCCUGCUCUACGAGACGCAGUCCAUUCCAGCCGCCGCUGCCAACACUGCCCGCUCAUAUUAUCACACUCCCACCGAAAUCGACGUGCGAUUUCCCAAUGAGCAUCGGUUUCGACUUUUCUUCAAUGUGAGCGCGGUCCCCAGUGAUGAGAUCGCACGCGGUGCCGACGUUACCUUCCAACGCGCAUCCGACGCGACCAGCGAUCAACGACUUUUGUUAUACGAUAUAGUAAGGCCCGGACGUCGCGGCCAAAGUGCUCCUAUAUUAAGGUUAUUAGACUCUAAACCACUCAGGCCCGCCGAGGGCACCCUCACCGCGGACGCGAUUGGUGCUGUGCGACGGUGGCUAAAAGAGCCUGAACAUAAUCAUGGACUAUUAGUGCGUGUUAUGGAAGAAGACACAAACGGUACAGAUGCGCGAGUGCCACAUGUGAGAGUGCGGAGACGUGCAUCUGAAAACGAAGAGCAAUGGCGCGCUAGUCAGCCGCUAUUGCUCCUAUAUACAGAAGAUGGUCGAGCGAGAGCCGCUCGAGAGCUUGGUGAGACUCGGCUCAUGAGAAACAAGCGGGCCGCGAAGAGAAAAGGACACCGCGCUCACCAUCGCCGUAAGGAAGCACGGGAGAUAUGUCAGCGGCGACCGUUGUACGUAGAUUUCCAAGAGGUGGGGUGGAAGGAUUGGAUCGUGGCACCUCCAGGGUACGAUGCGUACUACUGCCAGGGUGACUGCCCAUUCCCGCUCGCUGAUCAUUUAAACGGGACGAACCACGCUAUAGUACAAACUCUCGUGAAUUCGGUGAACCCGGCGGCGGUACCUAAAGCGUGUUGCGUACCGACCCAACUCGCCCCUAUUUCCAUGCUAUACUUGGAUGAAGAAGCGAACAAAGUGGUGCUCAAAAAUUAUCAGGACAUGAUGGUGGUGGGCUGCGGUUGUCGAUGACGAAGGCGCCCCCCACGCCCGGUGCGGACCUAGUGAUAAUAUCGUGGACCCAGUGUACAUAUAGUAGUGGCCUCGAAAAUUGUACAUAUCUCUUUGUGUAUAUAUUCGUGUAAUUACUAUUUUAUUGAAACAAAAAUAUAAUAAAACAUUUAAUUUGAAA